AUGAUCGAAAGGAUUAGGGCACGAAAUGGGGUGAACAUUGGCCUUCGAAGGCCAAAUUAUACUUCCCCUAUAUCAGAAUACAUCUUGCAAACUGAAUUACCAAAGAGAUGGAAAGUCCCAAAAUUCAUAAAAUUCUCCGGUGACACUAGUGAAUCGUCUAUUGAACACAUAGUCAGCGGUGUUCGGCAGGAAGACCCGCUAUCUCAGCUUCUGUUUUACUUGGCAGAAGAGAUGAUAUUCUCAUAUUUUGCAAAGGGAAAAUGUCAAACAUUAAGCAUCUUAUUUCGGCUUUCAAAGAAUACGAGACUGUUUUCGGGGCAAAGUGUUAACUGUAAGAAGUCAUUCAUUUACGGUGGUGCAAUGUCUGCUUCCCGGCUUAAUAUUCUUGCGUCUAGAUCGGGGUUCAUGAUAGGUUCAUCUCCUCUUAUUUAUCUUGGUGUUCCAAUUUUCAAAGGCAAAUUAAAAAAGAUUUUCCUGCAGCCUAUAGCGGAUAAAAUCAUUAGCAAGCUAGAUUCUUGGAAAGGUUCGUUGCUAUCGUACGCCGGUCGGGUGGAGUUGGUUAAAUCUACGAUUCAUGGUAUGCUUAUUCAUAGCAUGGCUAUGUAUGCUUGGUCGAUGUCUCUCAUACGGGAUAUUGAAAGGGCGAUAAAAAGGACCAGAGUAACUAGGAAUAACAAGUUUAUCAAGCACCAUGUUUUCUCUUCAAUUUGGGAUAGCUCUAAGCACGAGAUAAAAACCGACAUUGAGAACUCCACUUGGUGUAUUGGUAAUGGUCAUUCCAUUAGUUUAUGGUACGAUAAUUGGUGUGGUCCUCCCUUUUGCUACGAUAAUGAGGCUCUGGUGCUGAUUGUAGAUAAUCAGGUAAGUAGUAUCAUUGAAAAUGGUCUGUGGAACUUUUCUAAGGCUUCAACGGUAAUUCCCCUGUCAAUGCAAGUGCGUAUUAAUAAUUUUCACAUUCCCUUUGACAUUCGUUCGGACAAGAGAUGUUGGAAGCAUUCGGCUAACGGUGAAUUAUCUUUAAAGCUGGCGUAUGACUUUAAGCGUAGCAAGGGUAUUUGCAAGGAUUGGUGGAAGAUGAUAUGGAGUAGCUCGAUUCCCCCGGCAAAAUCUUUUAUGGUGUGGAAACUUCUUCACCAUAAGUUACCCACCGACGAUCGAUGGGAGAGAAGGAGCUUCUCUUUCCCCUCUAUCUGUGCGCUUUGCAAUUCAGAAGAGGAAACAGAGACUCACUUGUUUUUUGAGGGUCGGUAUGCGAUGAAGUUAUGGAGAUGGUUGGAAAAUAUGUUGAACCUGUCAUUUUCUAUUGUAGGAUGGUUAGACAUUUGGAGAUUAAUGGGUAUGGAUGGUGCGGUUCAGUGCAAAAUUGUUAACAAAGUGGCGGUUGUUAGUCUUAUCAACUCGAUUUGGAAAGCUCGGAAUAUGGUUAGAUUUCAUAAUACUUUUAUUUCCUUUUCAUCUUCGAUUGCUUCCAUUUUGGCUACUGUUUCUUCUGAUGGGAAUGUGGUGAGUAUAGGCUCGCAUAUUGGUAUGGAGGAAUUUGUGAUUCUUAAGAAAUUUCAGAUUUGUAUCAGGCCUCAGAGAGCUCAUAAGAUUCGAGAGGUGCUAUGGUUUAAGAUAAAUUGUGACGGUGUUGCUACUCCUAUAUCGUCAGCUUGUGGGGGUUUAGCAAGAGAUUGGGAUGGUUGUUUUGUUGGCUCUUUUGCGUCUUUUUUAGGUUCUUCUAAUUCUCUCAUCGUCGAUCUCUCGGGUGCUAUGCAAGCAAUUGAGUUCGCUCAUGAGAAGAAUUGGCGCAAAGUUUGGUUGAAAACAGAUUCCAUGGCAGUGGUUAAAGCAUUUUACCCUCCGUUUAGUGUUCCUUGGAUCAUUAGAAAUAGAUGGAUUAAUUGUAUUCACUUAGUUUCUCAUUGGAAUUUUGUAGGGUCUCAUAUUUUUAUAGAAGAGAAUAGUUGUGCAGAUGCCCUUACUAAUUUUAGUUUAUCACUGACUGAUUUUACUCAUUUUACUUCUAUUCCUUUAUUUUUAAAGUCAGAUUUUGUAAAGAAUAAGAUCAAUAUGCCUUUUUUUAGAUUUACAUUGGGUUGA